AAACACAAUAUAUAUACUUCCAUUUCUCCUUUCUAACUUCCCAUCAACACAAUAUCUCUUUGUCACACAAUCCCCUUGCAAUCACAUUAUAUAAACUAACACACCAAUUCCGCAACGAGAAUGAUGAACAGCAAUCAGAGCGCCACUAACCAAGCCAGUAACCAAGCUGGUCAGGCCGCAGGCCAAGCCGAGGAAAAGGGCAACCAAUUGAUGGACCAAGCAAGCAAUGCUGCACAGGCUGCCAAAGAAUCAAUGCAACAGGCUGGCCAACAAAUGCAACAAAAGGCACAAGAUGCAGCCGAGGCAGUGAAGGAAGCAACUGGGAUGAACAAAUGAACUCAUUUCAUUUCAGUUUCUUGUUUUUAGCAAUGUUAUAGUUGCUAACACUUUUUUAAUUUGUGAUUGAAUGCAACAAAGAAUUUCUAUGUAUCGGAUCUUAUAUUAUGUCUAUUAUAAUAAAACAGCAAAAGUAAUUCCAUGGUGCUAGCUUAAUUAGCAUCCAGUUAUGCUA